GUUCGCGCGCAAUUUGAACAAAAAUUGACAUGUUGCUUUUCGUUGUGUUUUUGUCAAAAUUUAGUAACUGGAUCAUAGUAUAAAAAUAUUUAAAUGAACUUUGAAGACAUAUAUACUUGAUAUAAACAUGGAUUUAUCUGAUCAAGUAACAGAAAAUGAUAUUGAUGGUUUAAUAAAAAGAAUUGAAGUGACGAACUUCCUUUGCCAUGACAACCUAGCAAUAGAUUUCACUAAGGGUAAUAUUCACUGGGUAACAGGUCUGAAUGGCAGUGGCAAAAGUGCAAUUGUAACAGCAUUAGUUGUUGGCCUUGGGGGUAAGGCGAUUGCGACUCAUAGGGGUAAAAAUAUUCAAUCGUUUAUCAAAAAUGGAAGAGAUUAUGCCGUUAUAGAAAUAACAAUAAAGAAUGACACAGAUAAUGCGUACAAUCAUCACAUAUAUGGCGAUGAAAUUAAAAUAAUUAGGAGAAUAACUACUUCGGGUUCAUCACAAUACACAGUGAAAUCAGCAUCGGGAAACAGGGUAUCAAAUUCAUUUUCAGAAGUAACUAAUAUUAUGUUAGCUCUUGAAAUUCAGGUUGAUAAUCCAAUAUCAGUACUGAAUCAAGAAGAAGCAAAAACGUUUAGUACAAUGGAUUCUAAGAAAAUGUACUCAUUAUUCAGAAAAGCAACAAAUCUAGACCAUAGUAUAAACAAUUAUUACCAAGUUCUAGAAAACUGUAAAAAAGCUGAGGAAAUAAAGCAUGAUAAGGAAAAGACUUGUGCAACAUUGAAAAAGAAGUACGAAAAGUGGAAACACAAACAAGAACAGCUAUUAUUGCACGAUAAGAUAGAAAACGAACUCAAAUCUAUUGGUAAUGAAAUGUUUUGGAGUGAAGUUGAAGAGUUGGAAAAUGAAAUUAGAAAUUUGGAGAGCAAUAUUGAAACAAAAAAGGUUGAAGUCGGACAACUAACUAGCAUGUAUGAAGGCUCGGAGAAUAUUCACACAAUGAUUGAGAAUUUAAAGCAAAAACAAAAAGAACAUGAUCGUACUAUAAUGGAUUUAAAUCAAGAGCAAAGGAACCUAGAGGAAAAGAUUCGUAAAGAAAAGGAACAAUGUGAUAGUGUUCAAAGUGAGACCAAUAAUAUACAAUAUCGUCUAGAUAAAGCGGAGAAAAAUAUCAAGGACUUUGAAAAUGCUAUUCGAGACAUACAGUCGGGUGGAUGGGCGUCGAGACGUGAGGCAGCAGAGCAAGAAGAACAGCGUGCGAUUAUAGCGGAGAAGAAAGCGGUUGAAAGACUAGCGGAGGCCGAAAGAGUGUUAGAUGAGGUCGUGAGGAGGGAGGGAGAGGCAGAGGCCUCCGCUACUGCAGAGGUGGAGGACGCUCGGGAGCUGCGUCGGCGUCUCGAAAAAGCACGUGCCCUAUAUGUACGUGCGCGGACAAAGGAUCCGUUGGCGCUGUGGGGUGAUGAUGUGUCUAAGCUAUGUCGACGUAUACAGCAGGCAACACAGCGAGGACACUUCGAGAAACAGCCUAUAGGACCCAUUGGUCAGUAUUUACGUCUCAAAGAUAAAAGGUGGGCCAACGCCUUGGAACAUAUCAUCGGUAAUCACAAGAGGACGUUCUGUGUUCAUUCUGCAGCUGAUUCCCGAAAACUAAUUGAGAUUAUGAAUGAGGUGUUCGGGUCGCGGCCCAAGCCGACGGUGUCGUGCAGCGCCUUCCUGCCGCGGCACGACGUGGCGCGCCACCGCGUGCGCGCGCGCCCCGCCGCGCUGGACGCGCUGCGGGUCGACGAGCCCGUCGUGGCCAACUUCCUCGUCGACAACCUGGCGCUCGAGACCGUGCUGCUCGUGCCCGACGACGAAACUGCUAUGAGUCUGGCCAGUGACAUUGAAAACGUACCAGUGAACUGCAGCAAGAUAGUGACUGAGGACUGCAACGAGUUCUACCCGGCGCCGAAUUAUCGAAGCUAUGGCAGCGACCCGAGAGGAGCUCGAGAGCAUUUCCUAGAACUGAGCUCCGAAGACGUAGAAAGACAACUACGCGAAAAUGUGGACAUCGCAGAGGCGGAAUUGAAGGCGAAAGAGCGCUCAGUGGAGCAAACGCGACUCGUGGCGAAACAAGCGCGGCAGGAGGUCUGUGACGUGCCUGUGGCGGCGGCGCAGGCGCAGUGCGAGAGCAGGCGCGCGGCGCUGCGGGGCUGCAGCGCGGCGCGGGCGGCCGCGGCGCGCGCGCUGGCGGGCGAGGCGCGCGCGCCGCAGCACGACGUGCUGACAAGCUAUUAUAAUAUAACCUUAUUUGUCCAGGAAGAAGAACUUAACAAAACCAAAGAAGAACACCAAAAUCUCAGAAAAAAAAUUGAAGAAUUCAAAGUAAAAGAGAAUGAACACGAACGGAAUAUAAAAUGUUAUGAAAGUAAAAUAAGAGAUCUCGAAAAAAAAAUCAUCGAGAAUAAAACAGCUAAACAAAACUUACAGACAGAAAUCACUAAGAAACAGUCGAAGAAAGAAAAAAGGUCAAAUUUGAAACUUGUGUUGGAACAAACUAAAGACAAUCUUGCUAAGAUGGAACAGGAAAUAUUACAAAAGGGACAGAAAAUUUCGAGAAAGCUACAAGAAGCGUCUGGUCCACCCUUCGAAAAACCAAGAUCGCGUGAAGAGUUACAACACUGUGCGAGGAAACUGCGCGCGGAGCUGAGCGCGCUGCGUGAGCUGGCGUUGGACGCGGAGCUCGUGCGCGAGGAGGUGGAGCGGGCGCGCGCGCGGCACCGCGAGCUGCGCGAGCAGCUGGACGCGCUGGACGGCCUCAUACGAGAGAUCAAAGUGGCAGUUGAUGAACGAUUGAACUUCUGCGUUGAGCUAGAGCUGCAGAUCACUAGGAAAGUGCAGAUAUGUUUCGCAGCAAACCUCGCUACGCACGGUUACUAUGGCGCGCUGCUGGUGAGCCACUCGAGAGGCACGCUGGAGCUGAGCGUGACGGGGCGCGACGGCGCGCGGGACGUGCGCAAGGCCAAGGCGCUGUCCGGCGGCGAGCGCUCCUACUGCACCGUGGCGCUGCUGCUGGCGCUCUGGGAGUGCGUCGAGCUGCCCUUCUACUUCCUCGACGAGUUCGACGUCUGCCUGGACAAAACGAACCGAAGGAUAGUAGUGGAGCUCCUGAUGAAUUUCGCCCGGAAACAUCCGGCGCGACAGCUGGUCAUGGUGUCGCCAAGCAUGCCGCACGAAAUGCGCGAGCCGCCCACCCUACACCGACUAGAAAAUCCUCGUUCAUAAAGUGUCAAUAAACUCCAACUCACAAAAAUCCAACGGAUUAUUUAAAAAAAUUAUAUUUUUUUUAAAUAAAAAAUCAAUAA